CAUUCAGGCGACAGAAUAAAGAAAUUCCCCAAUUCAAUCGUUUCAGCAAUCGGAGCAGAAGCCGCCGCCGGCUGGCCCCCACCACCUCAAAGGUUCUCUUUCUAUAUUUGUGUAUUGCUAGCAUCGAUUAGAUAGAUAAAUAGAUGGGGAAAUCUUGAAGAACAAGAAAUAAGUAAUCAAAUAGAAAAGAGACUCGUCAUCGCAAUCAUAACUUACGCCAGCCAUUCAGACGAUCUUUCAGUUGCCUUCCCGGUUCCGUUACGGCUUGGAGUUCUUUUCUUUAGCGCCAAUCCAACUUCCGCUUAGCCCUUUUAUUGGUACGCGUCUGCUAGCAGAAAAAAAAAGCCUUUCCCUUCUCGCCAUUCUGGAUAAGUAGAUUCUCUCCUCGACUUGUCGAUUUGGCAAUUGGGUUUUUGGACGGUGGCGCGUUGAUUUCUGGGUUGUGCCUGGAUUGGUUCAAGGGCUUAAGAAGCUCUGAGUUCAGGGGCUUUAGGGUUUCAAAAGCUGAGGUCGGGCUCUGUUCUGUGGAGUUUGGUGGAGGAGGAAGGCUUUUGUGACCAGUUUGAUCAUAACGUUCUCAAGUUUGGAGGAUUUGGUUCUUGUUUUAUCUGAAAGGCCACAAAGUUUGAUUGUAGGACCAUUGAUCUAGGUUCCCUUUGAACUCAGCUUCUUCCUUUCGUGUUAAGAAAAUAAAUCAUGUUUCACCCCUUUUGUGUUAUGGCAGUGUUGGGACUUCUUUCUGUUUUGGUACUUCGGCCGUUCCAAGUUUUUAACUCUGGCUUCUUGACAGGCUUUACCUCAUCCUUGGGGUUUUCUUAUUUUGGGGGGAGAAAAGGAGACAAAGGUUUCUUGCCUUACUUUUUGAAGAUAUGAUCGUUCAUGAACAAGAUCCUGAUGUUGUUCGGUGGGGCCUUCACAAUCUGAUAGGUGUCUUUGGAGUUCGCAAGGAUGGUUCGUGUAGUGGUGUUACUCGGUAUGAAGCAGACCAAAGCCAAGUUGAUUAUGUAAGGGAGGGCUAUAACAAACCGGUAUAUAGCAACAAUGUAGAGAGCGAUGCAGUUAUUGCACGUGCUCUGCAGGAAGAGUUCUCUCGCGUAGCAGCUGCUGAAGCGUCUGGUCGACUUGGCAAUGGACGAGAGUCCAUUGUUUCACAGGACUGGUUUAGUCCUUCAGGAAUUGAUCAUGAGAUUGGCCAGAGAAUGGGCGUUAAUGAUAAACCUGAUAGAAAGGGGGUUCCCCACUGCACACAAAAGGAAGCAGAUGGCUUUAGUCAUAAAAAAGUAGAAGAUGGUGAUGAAGUGCCCAUAUCAGUUUCUUCAUCUUUCCAGGAAGCUAAGCAUCCUAGUGUGGAAGACGAGCCAUUUGAUUUAAACAUAGCGGAUGAGUAUACUCUUGAUGGUGAAGUGGGCAAAAGGAUCAAUGAGAAGAUGGUUCCUGUUCCUCAUUUACCUAAGAUUAAUGGAGAAAUACCAACACUGGAUGAAGAGGUUUCAGAUCAUCAGAGACUCCUAGACAGGUUGAAGGUAUAUUCUCUCGUCGAGAAUAAGGUUCAAGGAGACGGUAAUUGUCAGUUUCGUGCUUUAUCAGAUCAACUAUAUCGCUCUACUGAGCACCACAAAGUUGUCAGGCAGCAAGUGGUUGAUCAGCUGAGGUCUCUCCCUGAAAUGUACGAGGGGUAUGUUCCUAUGCCUUACAGCGACUAUCUGAACAACAUGUGCAAGCCUGGUGAAUGGGGUGAUCAUGUCACGCUACAAGCUGCUGCAGAUUCAUAUGGAGUAAAGAUAUUUGUGCUUACCUCUUUCAAGGACACAUGUUAUAUUGAGAUCACGCCCCAUGUUGAGAAGUCCAAACGCAUUAUAUUCUUGAGCUUCUGGGCAGAGGUGCAUUACAAUUCAAUAUACCCUGAAGGAGAGUCUGUUCUUGGCUGAGGAAAAUAAGAAGAAGAAAUGGUGGAAGCAGCCUCUCUCCAAUUAGAAAAUGGGCAAUGAAUUUACAUAUAUGCUUUGGCAAAGGGGUCGCGGCUUUUUUCUUGGGGCAUAAGCUUCCAUCCCUGAAUGUUGCUGCUGUUGGUUCUUGACAGAUGCUUGAUAAAAUUCCAUUGUAUAUGAUACAAAGAAUUACUUGCUCUCUUUCAUCUCCAUAUAGGGGAGUCCCUCUCAAUUUUGUGUAAUUAUGAACCGGAUUGUACAUAACAGCCGAUGCGCCUUAUAGUCAGUAUUAGUGUAUAAUACAAAUCUUCUUAGUACUGAGAAUGUCUGGCUACUUGGUUUCUAUUACAUAUUAAAACCAACAAACAUGUAUGUGUGGUUUGGGGAAAAUCCAUCCAUACCGUCCUUCUGGAUGUUACGUAAUGUCUGGAUGUUACGUAAUGUUGUAAAAAUGUGGAUGUUGAUUGACGUAAUUUAUGAGAUAUUAUUUUCAUAGUGAAGAAGAAUGAACAAGACAUAAGAUU